UCCUGAUUUUUUCUAGAUUUCUUCCAUCUACUCUUUUGUGCGAGGAGCACCAAGCAUGAAGCGCCGACUCGUGGAUCUACUCGUCGAGGAAUGCCGCGGCAGCGGCAGCCGGUUCCAUCUCCACCGCAUCGAUCCGUGAGGCUUGUUCUACCCGGCCGGAUCACCGAAGCUAGCAGCGGCAGCGACAAUGGCGGUCAACGCUCCGGCCCCGGCUACGGCUCGGCUGCCUCGCGCCGCCGUGUCCUUCGAGCCCUGCCAUGAGAACUCCCGGGAGUCCGGGAAGAUGGCCAUGAUGUCCCUCAAGAACGACGUGGUCGUGGUGAACGGCAGGGGCGGCACCGUCCUCUACGACGGCGCGUCGGGCGCCCUCCGCACCAUGCAGCCGGCACCCCUGCACUCGCCCGCCAGGUCCAACUUCCUCGUGUCUGUCACCGUCGGCGACGGCCUGUACGUCAUGUCGCUCGGGGACGGCGGAUACCAGACGCCGUACUUCCAAGCUCUCGUCUACGGCCGCCAGCCCGGGGACCGCCGGGCGGAGGACUGGCACUGGCGCCCUCUCCCGUCUCCAACCUUCGAUCAUUGCCCGGACCACGACGACUGCCCAUCAUCACGGUACGACGAAUGCUACCAUGACGUGUACGCGCCGACGGGCCAUCAGGUGGCGAUCGGCGCCUACACGGUGGUCGGCGGCUCGCGGAUCUGGGUGUCCGCGACGACGGGGGCCGGCACGUACUCGUUCGACACGGCGAGCGGCGCGUGGAGCAAGGCCGGCGAGUGGGCGCUGCCGUUUAAAGGCCGCGCCGAGUACGUGCCCGAGCACGGCCUCUGGUUCGGGCUCUCCGACAAGGAUGGGCACCUCUGCGUCUGCGCCGCCGACCUUGCGACCACGACGGUGCCUCCGGCGCUGCUGCACGCGUGGGAGGACCCGCCGGCUCCGCCGGAAGCGUGGAGGACGACCGCGGCCCGCCUCCUGCCGCUGGGCUCCGGCCGACUGUGCAUCGCGAGGUUCUUUGAGACGAGCGAAGAAUGUAACUUUGCGGUGCUCGCCGGCGUGGAGGUUGUAAGGGACGGCGAUGCCGGCACAAGAAACCUCCGGGUGAUCAGGCACAAGUCCAAACGUUAUAACUUCGGCUAUGACGGCGUCAAGCCGCUUUGAUCGGCCGGAGGAGGAAGACGGCCGGACCUUUUACGGUUGAUCGGCUUCAUUUUGCUGAACAGUCCAAGUUACUCAUAUCAA